AUGCGCGACAACAACAACCCAGGCAACGACAACCGGAGCGACAACCACAACCGGGGAAACGACAAUGGGGGCGACCACCACAACCGAGGAAACGACAACCGGGGCGACAACCACAACCCAGGCAACGACAACCGGGGCGACAACCACAACCCAGGCAACGACAACCGGGGUGACAACCACAACCCAGGCAACGACAACCGGAGCAACAACCACAACCCAGGCAACGACAACCGGAGCUACAACCACAACCGAGGAAACGACAAUGGGGGCGACAACCACAACCGAGGAAACGACAACCGGGGCGACAACCACAACCCAGGCAACGACAACCGGAGCUACAACCACAACCGAGGAAACGACAAUGGGGGCGACAACCACAACCGAGGAAACGACAACCGGGGCGACAACCACAACUCAGGCAACGACAACCGGGGCGACAACAACAAUCCAGGCAACGACAACCGGAGCGGCAACCACAACCGAGGAAAUGACAACUGCCGCGGUGUGUCAUUGGGAAGGCGGCCCCGGUUUCUUGGGCGUCUGCAUCACUGGCGACUGCGUUACUGGCACCUUCGUCCGGAGUGACCGCUGUGGAGACGGGGACUGUUGCUCUGUAG